AUGAACUCAGUGCGCGCUAUCCAGCAGUUGAAUAAGCGAGAACUUGAGGCGGGCAUCAACCCGGAAGGUUCAUGGCAUACCGACUACCGCGACACGGCCUUCGUCUACAUCGGCGGCCUACCCUUCGAACUUUCAGAGGGUGACAUCAUCACCAUAUUUUCCCAGUACGGCGAGCCGGUAUGGGUUAAGCUUGCGCGCGACAAAGAGACGGGAAAGUCGCGAGGUUUCGCAUGGAUCAAGUACGAAGACCAAAGGAGCUGCGACUUGGCUGUGGAUAACCUGGGCGGAGCGAGCAUUAUGGACCGAAUCAUUAGGGUAGACCACGCGCGGUACAAGCCCAAAGACGACGAAGACAUGAGGGACAAUACCAUGGGAGAGCUCGACCUUGACCCUGGUAAUGAGUCUGACGGUGGCAGAAGGAAGCGGAGAAAGACAGAGAGCGAAAGCGACUCGGACGACGACCGGCCACUGCUUCCAGAAGAGAUCGAGCUAGGGCGGCUCAUGGAGAAGCUGGAUGAAGACGACCCGAUGCGCGACUCCCUGAUCAAGCGCCAGCAAGAGAAGGUGGACGACGCAGUCAAGAAGCUGAAGAAGCAAAAACGCAAAGAGAAGGAGAGGGCAAAGCGCAAGGACAGGCAUAGUCGCAGAGAUAGAUCGAGAGACCGCGAUCGUGACAGGGAUCGAAGAAGGAUCAAGGAAGCCGGAGAAGAUGAUGAACGUGAUAAACGCUCGCGGAGGAGGAGCAAGAGCCGCGACAAAAAGAUCGUCGCCAUCGAUCAGAACGAAUUCGGGAUCGGAGCGAGGAUUCCAGAGACAGACGCGAUCGACAUCGAAAGCGUGAGCGAAGGCGCUCAGAUUCUGAUGGCGAUGACACAGGGCGCUCCCGGAGGAAACCAUCGCGUUCGCCACUACCAUAUCGAGCUCGUUCCCCGUAGUAUGCCCCUUCUACUCAAUACCCCCAUCCUAAUAUCUCGGACUUCACUCUCACAACCCUACCUUUUCCUACCGCUUCAAAGCCCUCUGUGA